AACCCGACCGGAAAAGCAGAUCUACACGUGGUCGGUGUCAGCGGCACUUGACUCCAGACAGCAGGAAUAAAAGGCUGCUUUUUGCAGGAUUCAGAACACUGUUGCAGGACUUGCCACAUACGAAACAUACCAGAAAACAAUGUGCGGAAUCUGGGCCCUUUUCCACCCCCGCGCCGGGAACGUGCUCCUGAAGGACUGCUCCGACAACUUCAUGAAGAUAGCCCACCGCGGCCCCGACGCGUCUCGCGUGGAAACAGAUAACCGAAUUAAGAACUGCUGCGUCGGCUUCCACCGUCUGGCCAUCGUCGACUGCACUUACGGCAUGCAACCCAUGAAGUUGCACCAGUUCCCCAUGACCAUUCUCUUGUGCAACGGUGAAUUGUACAACUGCAAAGAACUGGAGAAGCAACACGGCUUUAAGUAUGAGACCUUCUGCGACGUGGAAUGCAUCACUCACUUGUACCACAAGUACGGAAUCGAGGAAUGCGUCAAGAAUUUAGAUGGGGUGUUUGCGUUCGUUUUGGUGGAUAUGGAGAAGCAGAAGGUGUUUGUGGGGCGGGACCCGUAUGGGGUGAGGCCGGUUUUUAAGCUGACGGGGUCCUGUGGGAUGCUGGGGCUGUGCUCGGAAGCGAAAGGUCUAGUGGGUUUGGCUAAUGGGCAAAACGGUGACAAGAAGACGAUUGAGCCCUUCACCCCCGGGACUUUCGAGGAGUACGAUAUUCUGGAGAACGGCGGCGCCAAGCUAGUGCGCAGCCAAAUUUUCCACCUUCCAGGGGAUCGUCCUUCGUUCCAGCCCUUCGUGCUCUAUGAGGAGCUAGGUAGCGACCCGUUCGAGAAUAUUCGGGCGCUGUUAACCUCGGCGGUGAAGAAGCGCCUCAUGGCGAACCGCCGCCUCGGGUGCUUUUUAUCCGGGGGGUUGGACUCGUCGCUUAUCGCUUCGCUGCUGGUGCGCGCCGCCAAAGAAGCCGAUUUGCCUUACACCAUCCAGACCUUCUCCAUCGGCAUGAGCGACAGUCCUGAUGUUCGCGCCGCUCGCGAAGUUGCCGAUUUUCUGGGUACGGAUCACCACGUAGUCACGUUCACUGAAGAGGACGUGGCGCGCGUGCUCGACGACGUGGUGUACUCGCUGGAGACGCCCGACAUUACGACGGUACGGGCGUCCCUUCCGAUGUACUUGUUGUCGAGGUACGUGGUGGAGAACACGGACACGACGGUGCUCUUCAGCGGAGAAGGCGCCGAUGAGGUUUGUCAGGGCUACAUCUACUUCAGAGACGCGCCUGACCCGCAAGCCGCCCACGACGACAGCGUGAGGUUACUACGGGAGAUUUACUUGUUCGACGGGUUGCGGGCAGACAGGACGACGGCGGCGAGCAAACUGGAGCUGAGAGUACCAUUUUUGGACCUCCAGUUCACGGAUUACUACUUGGGUUUGGACCAGAAGCUCAGACAGCCGAAGGACGGCGUCGAGAAGUUUAUGCUGAGGAAGGCCUUCGAUAAAAUGGGGGUGUUGCCGGACCGGAUAUUAUGGAGACACAAAGAGGCUUUCAGUGACGGCGUAGCUUCCAAGAAAAAAUCUCUUUUCCAAGUUUUACAAGAUAUUGUCGAAAAACGAAUGCCGGAACCUUUUGAUCCCCUAGUUACUAAACAAAAAUAUCCUCAUUGUACUCCCACGAGUAAAGAAGCGCUCUACUAUAGAGAAGUCUUCGAGAAAAGUUUUCCUGGGGCUGCGGAUAAGUUUGUCCCGUAUUACUGGAUGCCUAGAUGGGUGGAAGGAGUGACGGACCCAUCGGCCAGAUUUAUCAAACACUAUGCGGCACCCCAAAAGUAAUAUUUUCUGUUUCUUACGUAUUUAAUGCACACUGAAAUUCCACCACAUUGUAUGCUGUAUUAUAUUGUCAUAACAAUUAAAAUAAAAAUAUUUUCAAGGA